GGGUCUGCAGGGAGGGGUGGCCCCACCCCUGAAGUAUGAAAGCCCCCCUUCCCUGGCCCUGGCUCAGUCUGGAUGGGGGCGCUGGGGCUGCAGGGCCCGAGUGGGAGGCCCCAGGUGAGGGGCUGCUUCCUGCUGGCUGUGGCAGGGGCCACUUCGCUGGUGACCCUGCUGCUGGCCGUGCCCCUCACGGUCCUGGCAGUGCUGGCCUUGGUGCCGCAGGAUCGGGGAGGAUCGGUGACGGAGACCCCCGGCCCAGGAGCACAGCCCCAGCAAGGACUGGUUCCAGGGUUUCGGGAGCUGCCGGGGGAGGCGCCAGAAACAGAUCUCAGCCGCCCGCUCCCGGCUGCCCACCUCAUAGGCGCCUGGACGAAGGGCCAGGGGCUGGGCUGGGAGGCGCACCAGGAGGAGGCGUUCCUGCGGAGCGGGACGCGGUUCUCGCGCGCCGAGGGCCUGGCGCCGCCGCGGGACGGGCUCUAUUUCCUCUACUGCCACGUGGGCUACCGCGGCCGCGCGCCCCCUGCCGGCCGGGCCGCGCCGAGCCGGGCGCUCACGCUGCGCAGCGCGCUGCUCCGGGCGGGCGGCGCCUACGGCCCGGGGGCGCCCGAGCUGCUGCUGGAGGCCGCGGAGACCGUGAGCCCGGGCGCCGAGCGCGCCGGGAGGCCAGAGCCCGGGCCGCUGUGGUACGCGAGCGUGGGCCUCGGCGGCCUGGUGCAGCUCCGGCGCGGCGAGCGGGUGUACGUGAACAUCAGCCACCCCGAGCUGGUGGACUACCGGCGGGGCAAGACCUUCUUCGGGGCCGUGAUGAUGGGGUGAGGGCGCCCCGACGCCCGCACCCGGCGGCGGCCGGGGCGAUGGGGACGCUGCCUGGAAGCCGAGCUUGGGCCUGAUGAAAUAAAGACUGGCUUCAUUCCGGC